AUGAAAGGGGCGCUAUUCAACACGAGUUCGCACGAGACGGCAAUGGAGCCGCCGUUGCGGCCCCGACCUCACUCCUCGCCCCCCUCUCUCAACGUGGCACCUGAUCGCCAUGAAUUACCAGUUCGCAUUUCGUGGAGCGUGGCUUCUUAUCGAGACAGUGAACUCGAAAGCACACUUCUGAGUGCAUUUCAUCAGGCGCAUUUCCCCGAUUGUCUUCUUCCAGUCGUCUUGUGGCAAGGCGAACUCCAGGCUCCGUGCUGCAUGUGCCGAGGGGUGGACAAAUCAGAAGCCGGCACAAGGAGUGAAAGUGAACCGAAGCGGAAGACAGACCAACCCGUGCAGAGAGGGAGUUAUGAUGCAGGCAGCGAAACACGAAAGGGGGGCGGCGACCCAUGCCCUGACUGUCCCUGCUGGUGCCACAAUACUGGGCGGUGGACGGAGCAGGGGUCGACGCAAAUUGAGUCCUUGCUCACUCCCCUCAAGCGUCCUUCUUUCCAUCCGGGAGCCAUCGGAUCGGAACAACUCAGCAGCAGUCAGCGUGAACACAGCUGCUGCCAACAUAGUCCCACUUCGCCACGCCAUCCGCCGACCCAUGGGAAUCAGACGGGUACGCCCGUUGAAGUCAAGGCUGUGACGCGUGACUCUUCAGGUGUGCCUCUGCCUUCUGCGCCUGCGGCAGGGCCAGAAAACUACGGCACCCCCACGUCUGAGGGGAUCGCGCUGAACGACGAAUCGUUCGACCUGUGGAAACUCGCCCAGUUCAUUCUGACUCGACAGCACUGCGAGAUCAGGUGUCAUUCAGACAAGCACGGAUCCUCGAGCAGCGGCGGCACGGUGCGGUGGAGUAAUACGAAUGCCUUGCGGGAGAGAGGCUGCGGACGCGAGGAAACCCUUCAGACCGAGAGGCGCGAUGGAGGCGAAGAAACCAUGACCAGACGCGAGUCUGGAGUUCUCUCGUUUAGCCUGGAAAGGGCGCCGCUGACGGAAGUUGUCGGCCUUCUUCCCCGUUGGCUCCAGCACUGCUUUGCGAAACCGCGUUCGCUCUUUCUGGAGCAGGAAGAGGCGCGAACCCCUCAAGACGAGGCAGACAGACCAGAGGGAGACCGCGAGCGCGUGCCCCUGCGCAGCUUCCUUCUUUCUGUCUCUCUCCCGUCCCUUCCGGAUGGCGUCCAGACCCAGCGCCUCUGCUCUGCGUUGGCAAGCGAAGAAGGACAACCUGGAGAGCGAUGCGCGCCGCUUUCGGAACGCCCGGCGAUCGCACAGACAUCUCUGGCUGGCCCUUUGCGUAUACCCGUUCUCCAACUCCUUUCGCGCAGGAGGAACUGUACAUCCACUGGUUCUUCUGUUAAUUUGACUGCCCGACGCACUUCUUCAUGUGCUCCCAGCGCCGCUCCACCUCCGCCUCCGCCUGCGGCGGCGCUUCAGUUGCGCCCGAGCCCGCCGGCGCCGUGGACUUCCUCCCCGCGUUCUUCGCUAGCGAGUGGAUCGGCCGCGGCAGCGCGGAAAGGCAGCACGGAGGAAGAGCGACCUGAGCCAGGGAGACCCGAAGACGGCGGAAGCCGAGGCGUUUGGGGAGAGGAAGACGAUGCAGAAGGCCAACGGGAAGUGAUGUGCAUCGCCUUCAUGGACUGGAGAGAAAGCCGCGGCCCCUGCUUUGCGCGCGCCAUCUGCGAGGCUCUGCUUCCCGUGUCGCCGAGUCGAGCGGCGGCGGCCGAUACUCCUCCAGGAGAAGAGCGACUCGAGUUCCUUCUUCAGACGGACUCGCACAUGCGCUUCGCCCCCCACUUCGACUGUUUUCUGUUGAACCAACUGAAGCUGGCUGCAGCGCUCGCCAGGGAGACGCCCCAGCGGCCUGCCGCAACCAGCGGUCCGUCGUGCGCCUGUGCGGCUGCUCAGCGUCUCCAAGUGCCAGUCUGGAGCUCCGCGUUGCUGACGGAGAAGGUGCUGCUGACGGGAUAUCCGCCGGCGUAUGACGAGGGCCUGCCGUUCUUUGCCUACCCGCGGUUCGCCCGCGACGGCGGCGGCGCCGCGCCGGGGCUCGCGCAGCCAAACAUGUUCGCGCUCCCAAAGACGCAAUACCCAGGAGUUCUUUUGUGUGCCGACCACUUCGACGCGAGGGAUUUGCUUCGCACGAAGGGCCGGCUCCUCCGCCCGCCGGAGGGGACCUGCUUCGCGUCCGGCUCCCCUCGAGCCUCAGAGAAGGCGAAGGGGGACGCCGACUCAGGAGAAGAGUCUCGUGAGUCUUCUGUAGCCAUUUGCGCAGCGCAGCCCUGCCCGUCAUCCCCUUCACGCGGGCGCGGAUCCUCUCCGCACUCGCGAUCGCCGCCGUCUUCUGCCGAGUCCUACGCGGCUCCGCCCGCCGACGUGACCGACGCCUCGUUCCCGCCCGUCGCCUUCGCGAAGCCGGACUCGCCCUGCCCACUCUCGCCUGCACCUCGUGACGCCGGCAGAGGUCUCACGGAGCGUCUCCUUCCCAUGCAGCAGACGACUUGCACAUGCAGGUGCCUACACUGCUGGGGAGGUGGCGGGUCACGCGGCGGGCGGGACAGCGCGGACAGACGAAUGACCAAUGCACCGAGCAUCUGUGUGGGCGACGAGGGUAGGGGAGACAGUUCGCCGCACAUCGCGUCAGGGCCUUCUGUCCGCUGCGAAAGACGCACGGGACCUGCGGUCUCCGUCGCGCCCGUUUCAGCGUCCACGUCGCCGUCGCCAUCUCGCGCUUGCCGUCUUGCCUCUGCGGGCACGCGCUCAGCCGCAAGCCCCGCUCCACCGUCCACGCAGGCAUCGGCGCCGUGCGCGGCUUCAUCGAGUUGCGCGGCGAACUCCUUCGCGCCUCUGGAGUCACGUUUCUGGGCCGCGGGCUUCUCCUUUGGCCCCGCCCGCGUGAGCCGCGACGUCGGCUAUGACCCCCAGCUGCAGUUUGUGUUUUUUGGAGAGGAACAAACCAUGGGGAUGCGGCUCUUCACGCACGGCUGGCGGCUCUUUUCGCCUCGGUUUUCCGCGCUCUUCCACCUGUGGACGCGGGCUCACCGGCCCUUCUUCAAAACCGACCUCAGGCGGCUUUUCGCAACCGCAGAGCAGCGGCAGACUUCGCGCUGCGAUGACGCAUCGUCCUCCUCCGUUGCGCCUCCUGCCCUGCCAGCGAGUUCCUUUGCCCGGCUGGUCGCUGCCGGCGAAGCCCGCGUCGACCGCGUCCUCGCCGCCUCGUCGGGCUCUGAGGCGCACCUGCGCGCUCUUGGCUUGGGGACGGCGAGGGCGCCCGAAGAGUACUGGACCCACAUCGGCGUCGACCCGCGAACUCGAGCCAUCUCGGGGGAAGCGCGAGACGGCGGGCACCACAGAGAUCUCUUCUUAACCAGCAGCAAAGAGCAGCAGCAGCAGGAGGACGGCGUGCAGCUGCUUCACGCUCUGCUCACGCAGCAGGGCCCGAGCUGGCAACCGCGUGCGCCCGGCGAACAUGCGAAGCAGAAGGCACACGUCAGACCGAGCGACGCUGCCGCGUGA